CAAACAAACAGAUCUGGAUCAAUACUGCCCUCUUAACACAACUACAUUCUUACACAAGAUAUUUGGGAACAGACAAACACAAAAAUGAAGCUUGUAAUAAAGUUGAUUUACUUCAUAUGUUUUCACAUCUUUCUUGAGAAGUGUAUUUGCAAAUCAGAACAUGACCAGGUUUUAUCCAUUACUGUAUUAACAGAGGAUGAUGUGGAUACACUGAAAAACAUAACCAGUCACAAUGAGACAGUAUUAUGGCAACCAGCUUCAUCUAGUCACAUUACACCAAACUCUGAGGUUCAUCUUUAUAUUCAGUCAACAAGUGUGGAGUUCAUAACUCAACUCUUACAGAGACAUGGAAUCACUUUUACGGUUCUUGUAGAAAACACAGCAGCACUGCUUGAGAUGCAGACCAGAAAUGAAUCCUCAGAUCCCCGGAGUGGUGGUGAAAAUCAUGAGAGAUACUUUUCUUUAGAGGAUAUGUAUUACUGGAUCAAUAAGACAAGUCAGGAGCAUUCAGACAUGGUGAAAGUUAUUUUCAUUGGAUCAUCAUUUGAGAAAAGACCACUUUAUGUCAUGAAGUUGUCUGGUAGAAGAGCUGAGGUGAAGAAGGCCAUGUGGAUGGACUGUGGUAUCCAUGCGCGAGAGUGGAUCUCUCCAGCUUUCUGCUAUUGGUUUGUAAACUAUGCCCUAACCUUUUACUCCCAGAACCCUGAAAUAACAGAGAUGUUGAAUAGCAUGGACAUUUACAUCUUGCCCGUCAUGAACCCAGAUGGAUACAAGUACACAUGGACAACAGAUCGAAUGUGGAGGAAAAAUCGCUCGACGCAAAAAGAAAGUGAAUGUGUCGGAGCUGAUUUGAACAGAAAUUUUGAUGCAAACUGGUGCACAAAGGGCGCCUCCAGUGAUCCAUGUGAUCCCACAUACUGCGGUCAACAUCCAGAAUCUGAACCCGAGGCUCGAGCUGUGGCCAAGUUUCUACGCUCCCAUAAAGACACAGUCAAACUAUACAUUAGUAUUCAUUCUUACUCUCAGAUGCUUCUUUUCCCAUACUCGUGUUCAUAUGAUGAGGUGCCAAAUCACAAUGAGCUGCUUGAACUUGCUAAGGAGGCCUCAACAAAAAUACGCAGAUACUACAGGAAUAAUUAUAAAUAUGGUCACGGUGCAAGAACCAUCUACUUGGCUCCUGGAGGAUCUGAUGACUGGGCGUAUAACCUUGGGAUUAAAUAUUCCUUUACUUUUGAGCUUCAGGACCGUGGAAAAUACGGCUUUCUUCUUCCUCCGAGCUUAAUCCCUCAGGCCUGUAAUGAAGCUCUGCUGGCAGCAAAGAUCAUAGCCUUACAUGUGAUGAAGAAAACUUAAUGAGUCAAUGGUUGUUAUGUGCUAUGUAUUACAGAUUCAUAACAUUCAGAAAGUCUAGUGUUUCACAAGAUAUAAGCCUUUCUAUGUUAUGGAUUUUAAUAUAAUAAUACAGUAUAUCUCUGAACACAUGAACCGAUUAAAGCAAUUAAAGAAAAUGUUGUACAUCAUUUAUAACAAUGAAUAAAACAAAUGACACUCUGUA